AUGAUUUCAUUGCAAGAGGCAAAGGCUUUGAAGCUCAGGUUCUCAAACCGGGCCGCAUCACCACCGACCUCCAGAAAGACAACAAACGAUCGUCCUGUGUCUCACCGAAAAACCACGAAUGAUUCUUCAGGUGUUGGCCGCAGCAAGUCCGUGGUCAGCCGCAGGACAACUAGUGGAUCCAAAGAGAGGGGACGAUCCAAGGAUCGGAAGUCCACUGCAUUGUCCGGAAAUAGCGGCAGGACAGGAAGAUCCGGGGCGUCUGAAGAUGAUGAGUCUGAAGAUGACUCAGAAGUUGAUGUGGAGAAUGUGCCUUUCCACUUGCGGAAGGCAGUUCCGCUCCACCUGGUUGAGGCUCGGAUUUUGAAGAAGUCCGAGAAGGGCCAGCCGUCAUCGCCAACAGUGGCCACAGAUAUGAGGCGGCGGGUCGCACGCAAUAAUGUUGAGUCAGACUUUGAGGAGAAGGCGCCAAAUGAAAUCUACGAUCCAGCGCCAGUGGAAGCCGUCAUGGUUCGUAAGAGAGUCAUCAUCCUGCUAUUGGUGGGAUUCUUUGUUUGGUGCGCAGCAAUGUUGCCACUUCUCGUGGUCCACGUUCUAACCUUCUAUUUGAGCCUCGGGGUCCAAACGCACCGGGCCCAUGCUGAUGCUAUUUUUGGAAAGCUCGAGGCAAGCAUUGCACAGGAGCUGACUCCUGCUCUGAAUCUCGUCUACAUGCUGAGUGUUCAGGCUAACAUGGGUUUGUUCAACGUCUCUGAGCCAUACUCGGCAAUCACCCGAGCUCUUGCAUAUACCAUCCAGGAAAGCAAGCAAAUGCAGUACGUCAAAGUGGUUGGCGCUGCAGAGCAGAUGCUAGUUUUCAGACCUGGCAAUUUGCACUACGUGCCCAAAGACGAAGAUGGUGAUGGCUUGAUAGACAUUCGAAUCAGUCCAGACCAAAUGACCGGCACUGUGGAUGUCGUCUCAGAUGCUGCAUGUAAGGACCUGGAUCCAUUCUUCUGCUUCGAUGUGGACCUGAGCAAACUUCGGAUGGUUGCCUUGCCCAGCCGUCAAGUGACUGCUUCCUGGCUGGGUCCAGAAUUUCUACAAAUCAGUAAGCAAAAUGAGCUGGUGGCAGAUCCAACAGACUGGCCUUUGAUCAUUCGCUUUUUGGCACAUUUGAAUGUGACAGAAGGACUUCCUUCAAGAACAGAUCCAAACAUCGUCGAUCCGUUUGGCAUACCCAUAGUGCUUCCAGCCCGAGUGGGCCUCGAUAUUGCGCUUGGAGUGGACCAAAUGGCCAAUGUUCUGGAGGACGUCAAACCUGAAGGAGGUGACAUUUUCAUAUUCACGGUUGACGGAAGCAUUGUUGCUGGCACAGGAUGGGAAGCCACACCUGCAGUUCAAGACGGGGUGUUGCAGUACCAAAAGAUUUGGGAGAUGCCCUUCGAAUGGGCUGCUGAUCUCACUCCUGAGGCAAGCCUGUCGCGGGACAGCCUCAACAAACUGCUGCAACCUGGGGACAAGCUGGAUGUUACUGAAGCGAUGAUGAAGGCUGCUACCAUUGGUCGUGCAGCUGAGAUGGGAGAAGGUUGGGAGCCACCAGGAAUGAUCUCACGAAAAAUUGCCGACCUGCUCAGCAGCAGGAGCCCUGGCUCUCAAGGUCCAGCCGGUUCGCUUGGAGCAUUCGCAGCACUUCUGACUGGACCUGGCACUGCAGAGCAGCCAGUUCCGAAGGCCAAAGUUGUGAAGUCAGCCUCCUUGCCGACACUCCAGCGGUCUGUGCCGAUCAAGACCAACUGGGCCACUAUGGUUCCUCGUCGUCCUCUUGAUGGCAAGUGA